GCCUGCGAGCGCCUGUCACGGUCGCCACCCCCAAAAAAAGGACUGGUGACCCACCAUAGUGUCAGUGAUCGAGUGCCCGAAACGCACAUGCGUGCGAUGGAAUGACCUGAAGUGACCACCCGUGACUUGUGAUAUAGUGCAACCGUACAAAGUUGAGUGAGUUGGUAUCGAGAAUCCAUCGUAGUUGCAGUGCAAUCGCAACGCUGCCGAUGUGACUUCAGCAGCCAUUUCAUCGCGUUUCACCAUCGGGACGAUGUCUGUCCCAUGCCUCUCCGCUCAAAGGACGAUAAUAAUGGCGAAUUCAUGGUGAUUGAACAAAGUGAAAUAGAGAAGAUGUCGGUAAAAGCCAGUGUGGGUUGAAAAAAGCGAAAAAUGGGCACCAAAGGAUUCGGGGCUGAAGUCAUCGGCGUUUUCCUGGCGGUUGUUUUUUGCAUCGUUUGCCCGAAAUAUGUGUCAUCAGCCCAACGAGAGCUCGGCAAGGGUACGCCAACGAACGCGUCAGCCACAGCGUCCCCGGCCGGAUCGGUCGAGAACGCGAUACGGCCCGGCGCCGCCCCGGCGGACAGCCCGCGACCGACGCCCCGCACUGGCCCCUACUUUGACUUGAUGGCGUCGAAAAAUGUGACCGCUCUCCUUGGCAAGACUGCAUAUUUGAACUGCCGAGUCAAGAAUUUAGGCAAUAAAACGAUAAACAUGCAAGUGUCCUGGGUGAGGCACCGGGACAUCCACCUGCUGACGGUGGGCCGGUACACCUACACGAGUGACCAGCGCUUCAGAGCGAUACACCUGCCCCACUCGGAGGACUGGACUUUACAGAUAAAAUAUCCCCAGCACAGGGACUCGGGGAUCUACGAGUGUCAGAUCUCCACGACCCCUCAUAUGAGCCACUUUAUACAUUUGAAUGUUGUUGAACCGACAACAGAAAUUAUUGGUGGGCCGGAUCUCUACAUAGACCGGGGCAGCACCAUCAACUUGACAUGCGUGGUUCUGUACUCACCAGAACCGCCAGCGUAUAUUUUUUGGAAUCACAACGAUGCGAUAAUAAGCUACGAUUCCCCCCGAGGGGGAGUGUCGGUGGUGACAGAGAAGGGGGAGACGACCACCUCGUUCCUGCUCAUCCAGCAGGCCAGGCCUUCGGACUCGGGGACGUACCAGUGCAACCCCAGCAACGCCCAGUCCAAGAGCGUGGUGGUUCAUGUUUUAAAUGAAGCAAACUCGAUUUUUCCUUUGUCAGGUGAAUACCCCGCCGCCAUGCAGAGGGGGGGACAAGCGUUCGCGCCAACGUCGCCCGCGCACUGCCUGGUUCUCGUCGCCUGCCUGUUCCUCACGCUAUCUUGACAAAUACCAACCUUAAGAUAAACACUGUAAAUACCAGAUUUUAUUAACAGCUAUUCACAAUGACGCUUGUACCACACACACUUCUUCACGACACCUUUCCAACACAAACGUCAUUGUAAACAGCUAAGAUGCUCGCUAUUUUAUAGUAUGGGUUGUGUUAUGUAAAAUAUAAAUUUAAAUAAAUCCCUGAGCAAGUAGACUACAUGCUUGUUUCGUAUAGAAUUUGUAUAUAGUGUACUAUAAAAACUAUGUGUGUUUAUUGUAUUGUUUCAUUGAUAAUCUAGAUUGUCACUUACGUUCUCUAGCUCCAAAUUUCAAAGUCCUUUGAAAGAUCCCAAAAUUUUGUAGUAAAUGAAAGAUUGGAAAUUUCAAACCGAAAUUUAAUUUUCAAAUAAAAUUGUGGUUAGAUCUUGAAAUUCUUUUGCGUGAAUAUGAAAGAUCAGUACUCAUAAUGUUAUGGUAAAAAUGUAUUAGAAGUCGAAAUUGAAAAAGUAUUUAAACAUUUUGAGAGAAAAUAAUAAAGAUAGUGACACAGGAAUGUAUAAACAGCUGACAAUAUUACGAUAAAACACAAGUUUAGAAAAAGGACUGUACAUAAUAACUAAAAUAACGAUAUACGAACAUUCUGUCUAGCUUUACUAUAUCUGUUUAAAGAUAAGUGUAAAUUGUAAGUAAGCAUACCUAUAGUUUUAAACUUGUGAACUAAAAUAAUGUUGUAAAUAUUAUGCAUAAAGGACUUGGUUACACAGGUUUUUAGAGAAGCGAAAUAUAAUGGAUGGUUUUAUAUCGUAAUGCUAAGUAAUUUAUUUAAAAAUACUGCGAAAACAUUAGAGUAUUUUUAUCUAAAAAUUACAAGAAUGUAUCGUAAGCAUAUUAACCUGUUAAUGAGGUCCUUCCUGUAAUUAAAUCUUAUAUACAAAAUAGAUAAAAAUUAUAUUAAUAAGUAUUAAAUUAGAAAUGAGAAAUAUAAAUUUUACAGGUUAGUUAGAAAAGAAUUCUGAUUUGUAAUUACAUACAGUUGUUUGUAUUUAAACGUUCUUCCCAUGUUGCAUGAUCUAUCCAGUUUAAGAUUUCUACGAUACUAUUAAUAAAGUUUUGUUUUAUUUUGACCCUUUUAAGUUAUUUUUAUUGCCAAAUUAUUUUUAUAAAGAAAGUCUUACUUUGUCAAAAAUGUAAAGUUGUUCCCCGUCCCCUUAUAUUUAACCUAAAAUUGCAUUUAAAAUGAUUGAGAUGAAAGUGCUUUCUAGACAGAUGCUGUCAAAAAACGAAGAUAUUAAUUUGUUUUGUAUUUUAAUGUAGAUGUAUAUAAAUCGUGCUGUCCAUAAACAUUCCUCAAAAUCAAAACGUUCGAUGUAAAAAAACUAUGGAAUGAUGAAACUAUGUAUUUCACUAACAUGUUUCUCUAUUAAGAUAUUAAAGACAGAUCUUGAUUAAUAUAACCAGUUAUUAUUAUGUCAAAAGUUUAUUAUUGUAUACAAGUAACAAUAGUAUUAAAACUUGUUGUAUGUAU